AUGGCGUUUAAUGUUAUAUUCACGUUUUCCCUAUCGCCCAAAGGCAAGGCGGCUUCCAACGGCUUUGCAUUUGUGGUCUCGGCAAGCAACACAGUAGGGAGCAGUGUUGGAGUGGGGUAUGGUGGGAUGGAUGACCGAAGCAUGGCUAUUGAGUUUGACGUGCUUCAAAACAAGCCACAUGGGGACAUGAAAGAGGAGCACAUGGGGCUGAACAUUCAGGGCCAGGACAAGUCUAUCGCUGCUGUGAAAUCCCCAUUCAAGCUGACCAACAAGCAGGCAUACACGGCAUGGGUGGACUAUACACCUGGAGACCCCGGCACCAUCCAAGUGUUCCUGGCAAACACAGCAGAGAAGCCGGGGAAGCCGCUGCUGAAGAAGAGGUUGUCGCUGUGUGAGGUGCUAAAGCCAGGACCACCGCAGCCACUACCAGCGCUGCCACGCACGAUUUAUUUUGGCUUCGUGGCGUCCACCACAGUGAAGCCGUUCACGAUGCAAGCCAUCCUCAGCUCUGAGCUGCAUACUGGUAGGUGGAAAGCUGGUGGUUUCCCUGGUGGUUCUAGGAGAUCCGUUGCAUUCGCCGUGGUGUCGAGCAUAGAAGCAGCAUACGGUAUCGCAACGAAUCAAGAGGUGCCGCGGAUGUCUGUGGACUCACUCUUUGCAUCCAUGGGCCUCACCACCCAGGCAGCCAAGUGCACUGCUAGUGGCUCCCCGACAGAGGCCUUUGAGAAGCUGCUGGCUCUACCCAAAGGGGGCAUCACCAUGGAAGGCAAUCUGGUAUGUUAUGAGCAAUGA